AUGGCGCUGCACGAACCAGGGGUUACAUUGCAGCAACAGCAGCAGCAGCAUCAUCACUCCUCUAACAACAACACCACCACCACCACAUCACCGCUUCUCCCAAAACAGCAGGCGUCCAAUAUAGCACAACUCUACCAUCAACUUCAACAAGCGGCGUUUGACGACCUUUCCGUUGCUCAACAGCACAACUCCACCACCACCUCAACCUCAACUUCACUCGCAUCCGCCACCAUCAUUAACAGCAACAUUCCCUCGUCCUCGUCCUCUUUCGUUGCUGCUGCCAUUUCUUCCACUGGCUCAAUUCCACCAACACCACCACUUCCACCACCACCCAUUAUAGCGCGCACUGACCGUGCAUCUUGCACAAUGUCGUCUUGUUCAGUACCGUCAUCCACCCGUUCGUCAUCAGAAAGCAGUUGUACCAACAGCAGUAGUCCCAUUACACCUCAUCACCAGGUUCUUAUGACGAAUCCACCGGUUUGUGCUUGUGAGCAUUGGCUAGUCUCAGUCGAUUCAGAGCAUUGUGGUUUAUGCGAUGAUCCUCAACCUGCUUUACAGUGGUGGCAAGCCGAGCGUGCAGUGCGUGUGCAAACCAUUGACCGUACCCAGAGCCAACUGGAGCGUUUACGAGAUAAGCAGAGCGAGCAGCAUGAUUAUAUACAACAUUUACGACAACAAAUAAUCACAAAGGAGCAAGCGAUUGAACGACGUGGUCCUGAACUUGAAGCUCUUAAACAAGACCUCGAGAUUCUUCAACAAAAAUGCACUGGGGAGCGUCAACAAGUACAGCAAAUUCAACAAUCGAAAGAAUCGGUGAAGCGUGAACUCGAAGAAUUAUCUCAGCGAUUGUUUGAGGAGGCGAAUGAAAUGAUUCAGCAUGAGAAAAAGGAAAAGGAACGCAUUGAACAGGAUUUGGAAGUCGUUCGUCAUUUGUUGAAUGAAGCUCAAAGUGAUCUUGCCCUUGCUCAAAAAGAACUUGCUCAAUUACGCCAUCACCUACAAAGUGAAGAAUCCAAAUAUCAAAAGCAACAACAACAUCAACAACAUCGACCAUCCUCCACAUGCACUAAUUUGAGUGAUCAUCGCAUAUCCACCCAUUCGUCUUCUUCUUCAUCUGCAGCACUUGUUGAUCACCCUGACGCGCCACCUUUAUCAUCUUUGAUGCGAGCUCAGAUCGAUCUUGCUACUCAAUCCAUCGUCAGUAACCAAGCAGCAACAACAACAGCUCAGCCAACAACAACAAAGCCAUCUUUGGGAGUCCAAGUCGAGGCGUCGGAAGAUGACCAUUGUUUAAUGGAAUUCCGCCAAUUCAUUGAUGCAGCAACCACCGUCUCAUUACGCAAACUCAACAGCUUACCUUAUAUGAAGCACGUGAUUGAAGAGGAUGUAAAGCCAACUUUACGUUUUGGACCGAAUCCACGCAUGGCGUGUCGUAAGAUUAUUGAUGCCAUCUUGGUCAAGACAUGUUUUGUGGAAGAUUGCCCGCCUGGAUACGUGAAUCAGCUUAUCGAGACUCAACAACGACAACAAGCAGCAGCAGCAGCGAAUGCUGAGAACACCAUUGCGAGUCUGUGGGAACGCUUCUCACUCUCACCUGUAUUUUAUGGAUGUCAGGCUUGUGGACGUGCUGUGGCACCUGAAGAAAAGGAACAAUGUGAUCGAGUGCUCUUGUAUCGGUUUAGGACCUCUUAUUUCGAUGAAUGGUCGUGCAUUGACCGCUAUUGUCGCGAUCGAUUGGAAUCGGUGAUGCAAUUUUACGCCUUUUUGCGUCAACUGCGUAUUGGUGCUUAUCGCCAUCGGUCACUCACGGACCUUUAUCAAGAAUGUUCCCGUUUACGUCUGCAAAUGUUCCUUGCUAGAAUGGGUGCUCUUCCGGGUGCUUUACAUGGCUGUGGUAUGGAUCCAGAUCGUCUAGCAAAGGCUUCUCCCGAAGGUGAAACAAGUCGUCUUUCAAGCUCUACCGCCGUUACCGUUUAA